GGAAGCAGAAGAAGAGUCCCAAGUUUAAACUCUAAACUUGCAGCAUAAAGAUGGAAAUGCAGCUUCCCCCCCACGAAGGAGAUGAGCUCUCUGUGGUUGACAUGCACACAGGUGGAGAGCCUUUACGGAUCAUCGUCAGUGGAUACCCAGAGGUCAAAGGUGACAGUGUGUUAUCCAGGCGGCGUUAUGUCCGGGAACAUCUGGAUCACCUCAGGAGGGUGCUGAUGUUCGAGCCACGGGGACACUAUGACAUGUAUGGCGCCCUCAUUGUGGAUAGUGAGAUACCUGAGGCUGAUCUGGGGGUGCUCUUCAUGCACAAUGAGGGGUACAGCACCAUGUGCGGACACGCCGUUAUCGCACUCGGGCGCUUCGCCGUGGACUACAAACUGGUGAAGGAACCACAGUCACCAGAGACACAGGUGAACAUCCACUGUCCUUGUGGUCUGGUGAAGGCUUUUGUUGAGUAUUCAAACGGUAAAACAGGAGGAGUGAGGUUUCUCAGUGUGCCAGCGUUCGCAUUUGCUACAGAUGUGACGGUGACAGUGGAAGGGUUUGGUGACGUUAUGGUUGACAUCAGCUACGGAGGAGCCUUCUACGCCUUUGUAGACGCACAGAGGUUUGGUCUGGAUGUGACCAAGUCCAGGACUCGAGAUCUGGUAGAUGCAGCCACAGCAGUGACUAAAGCUGUCAAAUCUCAGGUGAAGUUGCACCAUCCAACCAGUGAUGAUCUGGCCUUCCUCUAUGGCACCAUUCUCACAGACGGCAAAGAUGAUUAUUCCUCUGAACCCACCGCCAACAUCUGUGUGUUUGCAGAAGCUCAGGUGGACCGAAGCCCCACCGGGUCUGGUGUUACAGCCCGGGUGGCUCUUCAGUAUCACAAAGGUCUCAUCCAGCUGGACCAGAUCAGGACGUUUCAAAGCGGAGCCACUGGAUCUCAGUUCACGGGGAAAGCUGUGGAGGAGACAAAGUGUGGAGACUUCAAAGCAGUGGUGGUGGAGGUCGCUGGCAGAGCGUUUUACACCGGAGUCUCACGCUUUGUUCAGGAGCCGGAGGAUAAACUGACACAUGGGUUUCUACUGAAGUGAGCCUCAGUUA